CAUUUUUUCCAUCAUUUUUGCGUAGCCCUGACGUUCUAUUCAUAAACGAUCUCCCCCCACAACCAGCAAACGCGGUGAGAGCAGUGUACGGAAGCGAAAACCUUCGCCGAGAAUCGCAAAAGUACCCUACCGGAUCAAUACACCUUCAUCAUGAGCUGCAAAAACGUUGCCCACCUGAUCCUGCGGAACAGCCGGCAGUUCUCGCGCACCGCUACCGCCUCUUCCGGCGAGGUUGCCGAGGGGUAUAAGCAGCUGAAGCAUAUUCAGGCAAAAUUCCAGAAACCUGAUGGAAAGCCGGUAUUCCUGAAAGGUGGCGCGAUGGACAACGCUUUGUUCUCGCUGACGGUGGCGCUGAGCCUGGUCGGUUUGGCCGGGAUUGGAAAGCUGUUCUACGAGCUGAGCUACCCCAAGAAGGAAUAGACUGGAUCGGCGGAAGCAGGAAAGGGGACAGCUAGUAAAUCUUUGUCCCCCAACCAUCUAUCUCGCUUCUAGCAUGUACGUUCUGUAGG